AAAUCAAUAGUCGCCGCCAUAUUUUUUCACUCGACGACCAACGCGCUUCUGAAAUUUAAAAACUAUGUUUAGAUAAAUAAGUUAAUAAUUAUAAGCCAUUGUUAAAAGUGCAUCCGGUUCCCUGCAGUUCAGUGACCAUUCGACCGCCCGUGAUCCGCCAACGCGCGCUUUAAAUCUCUCGAAUCGCAAAUCGCAAGUCUCCGGCAUUCGAGCACCGCUUCUUCUUCUUAAUUUUGCGCCUGCUGCAGUGUGCGCCCGACUCUGUGCGUGUGUGCCCCGUGUGAGAUAACCAAUUGAGUGAGAGAACGAAGAGCAUGGAAGGAGCCUCAGUGUCCUCCUCUUCGAUCGGCGGCCCUCGUGGCGGCGGUGGCUACCGUGGCCGCGGCGGUGGCGCCCCAAUGCGAGGCAGCUUCGAUCGGGGCCGUGGACGCGGUCGCGGUCACUAUAUGGGUGGCAUGCGCGGUGGUGGCGGUGGUGGUGGAAUGGGCGGCGGACCGCCCAUGCAAGGAAUGAUGUCAGGACCGCCGCGCGGAAUGCGUGGUUCCCGCGGGGGCAUGGGCUAUCAGGGACGAGGUGGUGGCUACCAGCCGCGCGGUGGUGCUCCCAUGGGCAUGCGCGGCGGACGACCACCCUUAUACUCGCAGCCCCCGAAACAACACACAGGCGCCGAUAACAACAAGACGGUGUCUCCGGUGCCUACUUCUACGGUGAGCGGCGAACCGCCGGCCGAAUCAACCGGCGAAGACGGCACCGAUGGGGCAACUAGUGCGCCCACUGGAAAUUCCCAUGGCGGAAGCUCGGGCAGCAAUGGAGGUCCUCCUCCCUAUAUGGGUCGUGGGCGGGGACGCGGAGGUCCUUUCAGCGGACGAGGUCGCGGAGGCGGCGGCUACAAUUCUCAUAUGAACGGCAGCGGUGGCGGCAGUAUGUAUGGUGGUCCUCAUAGCCACCACAGCAACUCGCUGGGAGGCGGCCCAAGCGGAGAGCACGGCUCGAUGUCAAGGCGCGGAGCACCGCGAGGCAGGGGCGGCUACAAUCAAGGUAUGAGUCGGCCACCCUUGCAUCACCAUCAGGCACAUAAUCCCAAUACACAACUUGCACCGGUACCAGCUCUCAAACGCGGCGCUCCCGGUGGUCCUGGUCCCAAGCGUGGCCGCUAUGAGGGCAGUCCCUACGGCCAGCGGCCGAUGACACCUAAGUACCACUCUUCGCAGCACAUGGGCGGCAGCGGAGGCGGUGGCGGAAGCAUGGCCCCGCAAUCCUCUUAUGGCUCCCCGCCAAGUCAUCAUGCGCCAGCUCAGAGCCACCACAGCUAUCCGACUCACGACCAGACCCAGCAAGUGGAUCCGUAUGCACAGAGCAGUUACAGUACCCAGCCCACACAACAGGGAUAUAAUGGUUAUGGCCAGAGCGGCACCAGCAGCUAUGCGGCUCACACGUCGCAGGCUACUGCCCCUGCCAGCAGCAGUUAUGCGACUCACCAUGGCACUGAAUACGACCAGAGCCAGUACCAGAACUACAACAGUUCCACCGGCUAUGCUGCCCAGCAGGACACGCGAUAUCAGUCGUACAGCCAGGACUAUAGUCAGCAGUACGGCUCUACUGCCGUGGACUACAACACCGCUGGGCAGGCGGACUACAGCCAGCAUGGGCAGCAGAGCACAGGAUACGAUGAGCGCGGAAAUUAUACGGGUUAUGAUUCGCAGGCCUACUCGCAGAACUAUUCGAAUGCAGCUGCUUAUUACUAGACAACCGCAUCCCACUCCCGACCCUGAUCAGAACGCUGCGCGUGCUCCGAUAGGCCAAGAAACCAAAUAGAAGGGAUUAGGGCAAAAAAAAAAGAAGGGAAUCUAUGUUUAAUACAGAAAAUAUCUUGCUAUAUAUAACACUCACCCUAUACACACACGGACUUUAAGAACAAGUUUAGUUGUAAGAAUACAGUUUUCUUUUUCUUAGCAUUUAAGACAACUCCUGUUGCUACGUCUUUCUAUAUAUAUAGAGCCCCCGCAGCCUAAUUUCUUUAUUCGUUUUUGUUUUGUCCCCCCUAAA